AUGGAGAUGGAGGGGAAAGCGAUGAAGAAGAAGCGAGACUGGUCACAAAUGCCAAAAGAUAUAGUAGAGAUGUUUUACAAGCAGUUGGCAAUUCCAGAUCAAGUUGGGUUUAGCAAAGUGUGCAAGGCGUGGCAUUCUUCAACCUCUAACAAAGCCAAGCUUCAUGUCCCAGAUACCCCCUGGCUUAUUACCAACGACGACACCUCUUCGCUGUUUAAAAUCUUCAGCUCCACGCAUCGCAAAACCUACAAGAUUUUGAAACCCUUCAAGCCCUCUGGUGGUUCCUUCAUUGCGGGAUCCUUCAAGGGUUGGCUCGUUAUUCGAUCCCCUGUCAAAGUCUUCAUUCUCAAUCUUUUCUCUAAGUUUCGAAUCGAACUUCCUCCUCAGACCACAAUGCCCGAUUUUCUCAAGCCAAAGAGAGACAAACCCAUUGUUAGCGAUUUCCCUUUGGUUUUCGCAAUUUCAACCUGUGAGAGUUUAAAUCCUGUCACUGUUGCAGCCGCCACUUUCUGUGGGGACUUGGUGUGGUGCAAGAUUGGCGACAGAGAUUGGAAAGGGUAUUCGGGUGAUGACCAGUAUCGUAAUCUCACAUUUCACAAUGACAAGCUUUAUGCAAUUACCCAAGAUGGUAUCAAGAUCGACACGUUCAGAGUUGAUGAAUCAGAAUCACGUGUGCUCCUUAAAGUGGGUAGCAUAACAUGUCCAAGUGCAAGUGUGGCUCUGUCAGAUCAUGUGGACAUGUAUUUGGUGGAGUCUAACAAAAGUCUUCUGGUUCUGAAGAGGUAUUAUGAGCGUUCAAGGAUUCAAGGCCCGACCAUUGGAUUUGAUGUUUUCAAGGUACAAGAAAACAGUGAGGUGGUGAAUGUGAACGGGUUGGGAGACCAAGCUUUGUUUGUGAGUGAUUUGAAUUGUGAAUCUGUUGCAUUUAAAGAAUGUCCACAAAUGUUAGAAGCCGAUCGCAUAUACUUCAUUGGUCACUCUGCAAACGGUAUGGUAUCUGAAUUGGGAGUUUUUUCUGUUAAAGAUAAAUGUUUGCGAUUUAGAGUGCCUCUUGUUGAGAGCACUAUGAUUUCUCCAAUUUGGGUCUUACCCAGGUUCCCAUUUGCGUGUGACUGCAAAUCUCAUGGAUCCUCCAGCAAAAGAAAAAGGGCCACCAUGUUUAAAGCUUGUGCCAGCUUUCUUGGGGUUUUUUGGAUCUUUUCUAUGUUAGAGUAA